GUCCGAGCCCACGUCCUUCCGAGGGCGCGCGCGCCGGUGCGGGUGCGUGCGUGAGCCUGCGUGAGCGUGCGCGUCUCCGCCGCUGCCGGUGCUGCUCCCGCGUCCUGUGUUGCUGCCGCCGACUGCCGGGAUACCUAGCUUGAGGAGUGCGUCUGCUGGCUGCCAGCAGCGCCGCGGAGCGGGAGCGGAGCCGCGGAGCAGGCGGCGGGCGGCGGGCGGACAGAUUAAUCUACUAUGGCAGACCAGAGGCAACGUUCACUCUCUACCUCCGGAGAAUCAUUGUACCAUGUACUUGGGUUGGACAAGAAUGCAACCUCAGAUGACAUUAAGAAAUCCUAUCGGAAGCUUGCCCUGAAAUAUCAUCCAGACAAGAACCCUGAUAACCCAGAGGCUGCAGACAAGUUUAAGGAGAUCAACAACGCCCAUGCCAUCCUGACAGAUGCCACAAAAAGAAACAUCUAUGACAAGUAUGGCUCUCUGGGGCUCUACGUGGCCGAGCAGUUUGGGGAAGAGAACGUCAACACGUACUUUGUACUCUCCAGCUGGUGGGCCAAGGCCCUUUUUGUGUUCUGCGGCCUCCUCACCUGCUGCUACUGCUGCUGUUGCCUGUGCUGCUGCUUCAACUGCUGCUGCGGGAAGUGCAAGCCAAAGGCCCCUGAGGGUGAAGAGACCGAGUUCUACGUGUCCCCUGAGGACCUGGAGGCACAGCUGCAGUCUGACGAGAGGGAGGCCACAGACACACCGAUCGUCAUACAGCCAGCAUCUGCCACAGAGACCACCCAGCUCACGGCUGACUCCCACCCCAGCUACCACACUGACGGGUUCAACUAAGUUCAGGAAAAGCUGUGAUUAGAGGAUGAAUCGGCACCCAGCCACUGCAACCUUAGAAUCAUGAACUGUAGUCACCGAGAUGGGGAGGCAGCAGCCGACCUGCCUGGCUGUGUCGGGCCCCUCCCACCUCCUCUACGCCCACCCAUCCGUCAAUCCUCGAUACAUGAAGUGCGUAGCAUGCAGUAUUUAAAGCAGUGUAGCUACGGUCUUCUUUGUUUUUCCUUUUUUAAUAGCAUGUAUGGGUUAUGUUCAGUGUCUGUGUUGUGGACAUGCCACGGCCUAGCUACAUUAACUGGAUUGUGGAGCUGUCUUGGGGCUUUCAGUCAGAUUGGUCCCGGAAGGGCUGACUGCAGCUGCCAGUUUCCAUCUGGCCAGUUGGGCUACGAAAGAACAGGCCUCCCUUUGCUUCCUGGUACCCACAAGGGCUGGAGGCAGGUGCUGCCUGGUAGAGCUGCAUCUCCAUCUUGACUUUGGUGUCCCAAGGUGGGGUCUGGUCCACACUCUGCUCCCUGGCCUUGAGGCUGCAGGCAGGGCACUGAUCUCACUGGCGGGGAAAGGAGGUGGGCCUCAUCCUCCCAGGUACCACCAGCAUCAUAGUCAUUUAGUGGUGUUUGUGUUGGACACAGUUUGCACCUUGUUUACUUGGCCUCUUGGAAGGAUUUCUUCAGUGGAUAGAUUUGCUGUGGAAAGUACAGGCACAUCCUUUCUGAGGGUCAACUCAAGCUCAGCACAGCAUCUUUAGCCUGUAUCUCUGUCACGUGGACUGAGGUUCCUGUCCUUAGAGGUGUGUCCCUUGCCAGUGUGUGAGAGGUCAUGUGUCUCUGUUUCUCUACCUUUCCCAAGUGAACAGCUGGAUUGAUGGGGCCAUGGUCUCUCUUCUCUUUUCUGUAGGUCAGACUCCACAUUCCUUCGAACUUACCUGUUUUUUAAAUCUUUUUUUUAACUUCUGAAAACUGCAAGAGAUAGCAUCUGCUUAGUUAUAGUCUGAGGGUCUGAGGUGGCCAGUGGCACAUGGCUGCUUAUACCUAGGAAGUGUAGCAUAAGUGUGCAGCCCCUAGCACCCUGCUCCCUAUGCUUGCCAGAGCUUGGUCCACCCCCUUGCCUUCGUCUUUGCCUGUCAUCCAUGGUUCAGCAGAGCAGGAAUAUUGGGUUCCAGGAGGAAAGCGUCUGGAGCCAAGGUGCCACAGGAGAGUUGGGUCCCAGGGAGGCUGCUAUGAUGCCUCAGCUCAUCAGCCAACCUGGAAGGUUAGUGCUGGACCACAAACCCUUGGAGAAGCCACUAGCAGUCAGUCUGUCCCCUCCGUGCCCCAGACCUUGUGGGUGUACCCUCGAUAGGAGAGCUGAGGAGAUGUAGACCGUGUGCCCGUACUGACCGAGGUUUGGAGCUGCCUCACCCACGGCAGCUACCUGCCUGUGCUAGACCAGAUUCCCGCAGGGUGGAUCCCUGCAGAUCCUUCCAAAGCCAGGUGUUCUCUCAAUUUCCAACAGAGAUUGAGGAGGAGAAGGCUUAUGCGGAGACUCCAUGGCCCAGGCAACUUGUGUGCUCCUGAAGGGUACUUUCCCCUGUGCCUGCUGAUUUUUGGCCCCAGCUCACCAGCAUAUCCAGAGAGGAGGGUCAGGGUGGAAGGAAGUUGCAAGAAGGGGCAGCAAGAGGACAAACCUGACAUGCUUCAGAAUACCUCAGUGGUUGAAGGUCCCCAGCUCAUCCUGGUUAGAGUGCAGUGACACUGCAACCCCUAGCUGCUGUCCCACAUGGGCCAGGAGCUGGUUGGCUGCCAGCACCAGGUUCUUGGGUGGGUUUGUCUGUUUUGCUCAUUAAAAUGAUCAUGAAGACAUUAGGGGAACAUUCAUCUAAGAUUUGUUAGAAAUGAUGUUAACAUCAGAUCUCUUGUGGAAGGACAAGAAAUGCACUGUUGGGCUUGUCCAGAAACAGGAAGUGAGACAACUGGGUAUCUUGUGUGCCAGCCCUAGUAUGACAUCAACGGGGGACUCUGCAGAAAGUCCACCUGGUCAGCCUUUGUGACUUGCUGGAGAGCAUUAGAAAGUGAGUUGUUCUUCCCCCGAAUGGCCAAGAACCAGGCUUAGAGUGUGGACAAAGUGGAAAGUGUGGUGGCCUGAAAGGGGUCUGCAGGGACAGCCAUCCUGGUCUGCAGCUCUGUGGCUCUUCCCUCCUGUCCCAGUGACCUUGGCCAGAUAGCUCUUCAGCUGGAGAGCCCUGGGUGGUGGCUCAGGAGGGAGAGCAGCACUUGAACCCAUGACCAGUGACCUUUCUUUGUAAAGCUAAAUAAAUCAUGUAGAAUGUGUGGAAAUAAAUAUAUGACAGGUGUCAAGGUGAUGACAGUGACUACCCAAGGCCCAGCUGGGGAUGACUAAACGACAAGGUUGGGAGCCCUUCCUACCACCCAAUCUUUUUUUUUUUUUUUUUUUGGUUUUUCUCCGGUACCGGGAACCGAACUCACGACCUUGCGCUUGCCAGGCAGGCGCUUUGCCGCUGAGCUAAAUCCCCAGCCCCUACCACCCAAUCUUAAUGCAAACCCCUCUUCAGUGUUUUACUAUGUUGGUCUUAGGCCUGCGUGGUUUUGGCCCUUUUAAUAACUAGAGUCUUGGGGAAUCAGCUUGUACCAUUUCCUGUCUAAGUGCUAACAAAUCAGAAUGACCCCCAGUUCUCCUCAGACUCCUGCACCAGUGGCCAUAUCAGGAGUCCACUCCCAGGCUAUAGAUGGUGCCAGGGCAUAUUGCCUGGAGAGUGCUGUGGCCAUUGUGCCUGGAAGCCUGUCAGAGCCACAGGUGUCCCUCAGGGUCCAAGCAGCACUGGUCACUUCUAAGCUGUAGGAAAAAUAUGGGAGUCGACCUGUGAGGCCAUUUCAUGGGAGCUGCUGCUGCUGCUGCUGCUGCUGUGUAGAUUUCUGUUUCCACUCAGUGAUGUCUUUUCUUGUCUCCCUUUUGGCUUUACUCUAUUUUUAAAACUGCUUUAGAUAUUACUGCUCACUGUUCAUGAGCCUUCCUAGUUCUCUGAGGUUCAGUUAAUAUAGCCAACACCCAGUGGGACCUGUUAGGAAAAGAAACCAGAGCACUCGCUGUAGUUCCGGAAACUUUAUCUCGGUGUUGUCGUUGUUGGACUUGACCACAAGCACCAGUCCAAGAAAGGCCCUGAGUCAUGAAACAUCAGGACGCUUCAGAUGUCUGACGCCGGCUUCCACUGGCAGCAGUACCCAUUGUCCUGCUGAGCCCAUGGCAGUCUAUUCCAGGUGAGCCUCGUGCUGGAGAAGCAUCCACCAGUGUACCUGGUAUCUUGGGAGAUGGUGACCUUGGCCUGCAGACUGUCACUGAAGGGUCCAAGUGCUGUGAGCUGAACUGGGGUGGAUCCUGUCCCUCCACGGGGCCCUCAGCACACCCUGCCAUGGGGAGUGGUUUGAGGGGUAUAUCAAGUGACUGAUCUCAUUCCUUUCCAGUAUUCUGAGCUGUGAACCCAUGCGGCCCAGUACUGACUUGUUUCUGUUGUAUUUUGGUUAUAAAUCAUCCUCCUGUGGAAUUGGCAAAAGCUACAUCUUUACUGUACUCACAAGCACGGUUUGCGUUGUCACAUGCUGUGAGUGUGGGCUGUGGUGUGUCUGUGUGUACAUAUGUGUAUAUGUAUAUAUUGUGCAGCAGGCCUGUCAUGCUGCUGUCCAGUGGCUAAGCGACAAGUACAAUAAAGUUCGCUCUCAAGCGGCUCUGGUUUCUUGGCAAGUUGAGCAGGGAUAGGGUCUCCAUGUGGUCCUCCCAGUCGAUGCACAGCAGCAAACUGAGCUGCUCUGCAGAAAGCCCUUGUGCCUGAAAGCACUGCUAAGGCCCCGCCAGCGUUGGACCUUAGGGUUGGGCGUGAGGUGGCUUGUCAUAAACAUGUCCAUUCUUGAGGGCUCUAUCCUGCUCAUCUGACCCACAGGUAUGGGAAAUCUAGGAAGGAGGUAACUUGAGGAAACCCUCCCCUUCCUCAAACACUGAAACUACUUUUCUGAGCACUAAAUACAAUCAGUGGCAAGGUUGCCUGUGAAGGGCAGCGUGGACAGGGACUCCCUGCUGGCCAUUUAUGGGAAGGGUCAGAAACAACUUACACCACUCUCCAGGAAGGGCCUGGACCAAGAGCCCUGCAGGCAGGACUGGGGAGAUUUGAUUUCCUGGAACGUGGGGCAGUGUUUCAAUCUGAAUGUGGAGGAGGAGUUUACACUGAAGCAUAUAUAUGCUAUUUUUUAAAAAUGAAAUGUAAAUGCAUGGAAAGCAAUUGUCCGUGCACUGAUUUUACCCCACUCCUGGAAACCAAUUACACUGGGGUGCGAGUUGCUAUCAGAGCCCUGGCUGACUGACUUGCCUACACUCCAGGGGCCAGGCUGGAGGGCUCAGAUGGUUUCGCAUGGUGAUCUCCAUCUUGUAUGUCUGAAUGUUGACCUAAAAUAAAGAUAACUGUUGUAAAAUAAAUCUUUUCACAGCAGAA